AUGAAGUUGUCCGCUUUGUAUGUUCAGGCCGACAAGAAGGAAGCGAUCGCGAAAGCCGAUGCUGCCAGGAAGGCAGCUGAGGAGCAGGCAGUCAAGGCAAAGCAGGCCGCAGAAGAUGCAAAGGAGCAGCUAAGGGAUCUGCAGGACCCGUCCAUGCCAAUGCUCAUCCCCCUCACGACAUUGGCGACUCUCUCGCGUGAGCUCUGA